GCGGAAGUUGCUUGUUCAUCACACAGUUUCAAAGAUGGCUCUUGCUAGUGUGUUGAGCAGUGAUUGUGCGAAAUUUUCUUUUGAUAAUUGUGAACCUGAUAGUUUUGAUUAUGCACCCGGACAGAGCGGUCUUGGAUUUGACGCUACGCCGGGAGACGGUCUGAGUUUCUCCGUCAGAAACCCGCUGUGUGCAGUGGACGAGGAUGGCGUCGAGAGGAAAAUAGAGUUCCUGCAUGGAACCACCACCUUAGCAUUUAAAUUCCAGCAUGGCGUCAUCGUAGCGGUGGACUCUAGGGCCACAGCGGGCUCCUACAUCGCCUCGCAGACGGUGAAGAAGGUGAUCGAGAUCAACCCCUACCUGCUGGGGACCAUGGCUGGAGGAGCCGCAGACUGCAGCUUCUGGGAGCGCCUGCUGGCCCGCCAGUGCCGCAUCUAUGAGCUCCGCAACAAGGAGCGCAUCUCCGUGGCAGCCGCCUCCAAGCUGCUCGCCAACAUGGUGUACCAGUACAAGGGCAUGGGACUCAGCAUGGGAACCAUGGUGUGCGGCUGGGACAAGAGAGGACCAGGGCUGUACUACGUCGACUCCGAGGGUAACCGGGUGUGCGGCGACCUCUUUGCUGUGGGCUCGGGGUCCAUGUACGCUUACGGCGUGAUCGACAGUGGACUGCGACAGGACUUCACCGUGGAGGAGGCGUGCGAGCUCGGCCGCCGCGCCAUCUACCAGGCCACAUACCGUGACGCCUACAGCGGCGGGCAGGUCAACCUGUACCACGUCCACAGCGACGGAUGGACCAGGGUCUCCCAGGAUGAUGUGCUCAUGCUGCACCAGCAGUACAAAAAUAAGGCAUAGUGGGGACAGGAAAGUGUGGAGGAAAUAGGUCGGGUUAGGAGUGUAUUCUAGUAUCUGUUUAAAUUGUUCCGUAUGUCCAUAGGGGGUGACACAUGAAUAAAAAAAGGACUCUCAAUUGAUUUCCACUUCUGUGACCUUUCUUGACUUGUUGCCAGCUUCCAGCUUUAUAUUGUAAAUUCUUUAACAAUGCCAGCGAGCGCCACUCUCCCCGCACUCGGUUUGAUUUGAGGUGCUGAAGCGAAGGAGAGCGAUGACUCAAACAUGCUUUAAUGCAGUGUGGGAGUAGUGUGCUGCUUUGCCCUACAUAUGUACAUUUAAUUUGGAUCUAACCCUGGGAAUCUUAUUUCUCAAUAAAACCUGUGAUGUUCUUUUUU